AUGAAAGCACAGGAAAGUAGCAGCAAGCCGAAGGAUAAGCAAGCACCCGCUUUCCUGAGGUCACCAUCGGAUCCAAUGCCAUCCUCUCAGUGCGACCGCGCCGAAACGCCACAGGAGGUUGCAAUCACGCAGGAUCUAGCCCCAGCAUCAAACCCGCAGGUUGAGGCUAAAUCUGAGCGAGUUGCUGUCCUACAAGAAACAAGUGGCUUGCAUAUCUUAUUCGAACCGACAACAGCGUCUUCCGAUCUAGCCGUACAUGGGCCAGGAGGUGAUGGAUUCAGCACAUGGACGGACGGGAAGAGUGGGAAGUUGUGGCUCAGAGACUUACUGCCUAGAUUUCAAGGCUUUAGAAAUGCUCGCGUCAUGACCUUCAACUAUGUUCAUCCUACUUCUUUGUCAAGACGAGGAACUCGAUCUCGCACCGAGCUGUGGUUGGAUGAGACUGCAGAGUCAUUGGAGAGCUGUAUCAUGAAAACAAGGGACGAAACGAAUACACCCAGGGGAAAGCCGAUUAUGUUCAUCGGCCAUUCAUUGGGUGGCAUCAUCAUCAAAAUGGCUUUAGCGAUGGCACAUGGGAAUGAUGCCCGCAGCAUCUUCUAUUCAACGAAAAGCAUCAUCUUCUUCGGGACGCCGCGCAUUGGGCGACAACAGAAAGUAGCCGAGCGUCUCUUAACCUUGCAGAGAAUUAUUGAGGCGGCUGGGAUAAAGCAGGAUGAGGCUCUCGAAGCUUCAAGAUAUGACGGUAAUCUGAUGGUUGAUACAACAGAAUGGUUUCACGACUUAGGCAGAGGGCUUCUGGUUACCUCAUUCUACGAACGCGAGAAAUACAACGACGUACUUGUCGUGGAUGGAAAUCAGGCCAGAGGAAACUUCGCCAACGAAACAACGAUAGGUCUGGAUGCCAACCACCACACAAUCUGCCAAUUUGCUUCGGAGAAAGACGAAGGGUUCGCUGAGGUCCAUCGGGCAAUGUACAUGCACCUAAUGGAGAUUUCGAGGGCUUUGGAUGCUAAAGAACAUUCACCCACAGAGAAUAAGCGCGCUAUACUGGAUGAUCUUGAGGCAACUACUAAACCUUUGUGA